UAUUGUGAAAGCAAGAGUAACAGUCUUGACAUACACGCCACAGUUCACUCCAAUAGUCCGAUAAACGCACUCGUUUAAAAGUUCUGUGUUUCCAAGUUGCGAAUACAACGGUUAUAUUGUAAAGAAGUAAAGGAUUAAUAUUAUAAUUAUGCCGGACCAAGAACAAGAAUGGAGUGAAGCAUUAGUUGCGAUUAAAGAUUGGCUCAACAAACAACCUCAUCUGCCGCAUGAUGUUGAGGAUGUUCUAUUGCGUCGAUUCUACACCAGCAGUGGCAAAAGAAUGGAACGCGUCAAACGAACCAUGGAUCUUUUCUUCACCAUUCGCUCUACGGCACCCGAGCUGUUCCUUAAGAGAGACCCUUGGUCGCCGGAGAUUAGAAGAGUAUUUGAAGUCACAGACAUGUUACCGCUGCCGAACAAAACGAAAGAGAACUAUAAAGUGUUUAUAUAUCGCUUGAACAAUCCUGACUACGAUCUAUUCAACUUCGUUGACUCUGUGAAGACAUUCUUCAUGCUCGCCGACACUCGUCUCACCGAAGAGGACGACAUUCCUUCGGGAGAAAUACCCAUAUUCGACUCAGCUAACAUCACUCUGAAGUUUAUAGGAAAAAUAAAUCUGUCAGUUUUACGAAAAUACAUGCUGUAUACACAGGAAGCCAUUCCGAUAAGAUUGAAGCAGGUACAUGUGAUCAACGCGCCGGCCUACAUCGGCAAAUUAUUCGCUCUUUGCAAACCGUUUCUGAAAGCAGAAGUCGCUAAACUGAUAAAAUUCCAUGAACCAAAUACGGAUACACUGUAUCAAGAUGUGCCUCAAGACCUAUUGCCCUUCGAGUAUGGCGGGAAGGCGGGCUCUAUCGACCAGAUCAAGCGAUACUGGAUUAAGCGGAUAGAGGCGAAAAGAGAUUGGUUCCUGGCCAACGAUAAGAAUUGGGUCGUUGAUGAAUCCCUCCGCCCCAACGAUAUUCAGGAAGACAACAACGUAAAAGAUCUUCCCGGCUCCUUCAGAUCUCUAGCUUUUGAUUAAAAUGAUAUAUUGAAGAGAUUCAUAAGAGUAUUCCUAUUAUUUUAAAAACGUUAUGUCCAGUGUUAUGACUUCCAUUUCAAAAAAAAUCUGGACAAUUGGUUUCCAUACCUACAUGUAUUAUCAUGUUAGAUAACGUAUUCAAAUAAGUUGUCAUAAAAUAUGCAUCUGUAUUUUUCCGUAUUGAUCAUAUGAUUCAUCCGAAUUAUUUGUAGUUAUUUAAAAAAAAGUGUUUUUUAGUUUUAUGUAAGUUGUAUUUUUUUCAUGUUUAACUGCCUAGUGGAGAUUGUAUCUGACUAUUUGUUUUGUAAUGUAUACGUUAGAAUCAGUUUUAUUUUGCAAUUUCUUUGUUAAUUUAAAACAAAA